GUGAUUCAAGAAUUAUCGUCUGCCAUGGAGUCUUAUUUUUACGCAACAAGUUCUGAUUGUAAUUCUGUCGUAUAUUCACCUAAAUUAUGUCAUAUGUGUGUUGUUUUUCAAUUCGGUCGCGGAUAUUGCAGAAAUAUCACAUUCGUUUGACAAAAUCCGCUUGAGUGUAUUGUUGCUUGUAAUUCAGUCGACCCUGGAGACAUCUUGUGAUAAAAAACCCGCAAGUUGCCUCUGUCUGAUUUUGUCUUCACGUGAAAAGGUAACAAAAUCGGAUUGGUGCUAAUAAAAAUUCGACAACCAUGGAUCCCGAUAUGUCUUGGGACGCAGAUAACUUUGAGCCUAAAUUGCCGACCACGUUGACGUCUUCGAACAAAUGGGAAGGCGAGGACGAGGAAGAGGUCGUAAAGGAAAGUUGGGAGGAUGAGGAGGAAGAGAAAAAAGACGAAGAGAAAAAGGAUCUUGCUCCACCUCAACCAAAGCCUAAAAAGAAAAUACAAGAUAAAAUAGCAGAAAAAGAGCGUUUAGAAAAAGAAAAAGCUGAACGUAUGGCAGCGGAGAAGGCACUGGAGGAGCUCACACCUGAAGAAAGGCUGGCCGAGAAGCUCCGGCAACAGAAGUUGCAAGAGGAAUCAGACCUGCGACUUGCCAUGGAAACUUUUGGCGUUUCUGAAGGUGGUGGAGGCAAAUUGGAUAGUUUCCAUCCGACAAACAAAGAGGAGUUUGCAGAAUUUGGGGAAUUGCUCUGCAAAAAGAUCAAUAUUUACAAAGCCAAGGAAGAGUUCCCAGGAUUUGUUGACGAUCUUGUCAAAAAUAUUAUUGUACAAAUGUCAUCGUUGGACAUAAAAAGGAUAAAGAUGACGGUGGACAAUCUUUACAUUGAGAAACAGAAAGCUGAGAAGAGUGACAAAGCAAAGAAACCUUCGAAGGGCAAAGGAAAAGCUAAAUUAAAAGUUGAAGGAGAUAAUGCUCAUCUCAACCAAUACGACGCUUACGGCAACUUCGAUGACGACUACAACGAUUUCAUGUAAACCCACUCUAAAUA